AUGGCCGAUUCCAGCGAGAAGGCACCGUCUUCGGACGCGACCAACGUUGAUGAAUUCAAUGGGCACUUUAGCUCUGGUGAAUCCGCGCCGGACACCUCAAAGGAAAUUGUGCCGGUUGAAGAUGAGCGAGACAAGUACCGCAAAAUCCAUGGCAUUAAAUGGUCUCUGGCUGUGUUGGCCAUUUUCUCGUCUGUCUUUCUCUUCGGCUUGGAUACCACUGCAGUUGCGGAUAUUUCCCCCGCGAUGAUCAGUCGUUUCGGUCAUGCAGAUUUGCUCCCCUGGUUGAGUUCUGGCUAUGCAUUGGGGGCCAUGAACAUUCUUCCUUGGGGAAAGUCAUUCGGUGUCUUUAACCUGAAGUGGACAUAUAUUCUUACGGUUGGCCUGUUUGAGGUGGGGAGUGCCAUUUGUGGUGCGGCGCCGAAUAUGACGGCCCUGAUCAUCGGACGAGUGAUUGCUGGAAUUGGAGGAUCGGGCAUGUAUCUCGGUUGCAUCACAUACCUCGCUAUGACCACUAGCCCUCGCGAAGGUCCGCAUUAUAUCGGUCUAGUUGGCUUUGUAUGGGGCAUUGGGACUGUCCUCGGCCCGAUUGUCGGUGGCGCAUUCGCAGAUAGCUCAGCAGGUUGGCGCUGGACUUUCUACAUCAACCUUUUGAUCGCUGCCCUGUUUGCCCCCAUUUACUUCUUCCUUCUCCCUAAUAUCGACGCGCAGCCAACAGCGACUUUACUUGAGAAGCACAAGCAAGUGGACUGGGUAUCCAUCAUUUUUCUAAAUGGAUUCGUUGCAUGCUUUGUCAUGGCCAUCAACUUUGGAGGUGCUGUUUAUGAUUGGGGAUCUGCUCAGGAAAUCGUUCUCUGGGUCAUGACGGCUGUCAUGUGCAUUGGAUUUGUCCUGGUACAGUAUUUCCAUCCGCUUGUGAAAAAGGAGCAGGUUCUCUUCCCUAGUCAUCUGCUGAAGAGUCCCCUGAUGUUUAACCUGUCCAUUCAAAUGUUUUUAUCAUCCGGUGUGCUACAAGGCGCCAUCUACUACAUUCCAUUGUACUUUGAAUUUGCGAAGGGCGAUAAAGCACUCGAUGCCGCCGUACGGCUUCUACCUUACGUUUUCAUGCUUGUCGCUGGCUGCUUGAUCAACGCUGCUCUUAUGGUUCGAUUUGGAUACUACAUGCCCUGGUACUUCGGGGGUGGCGCGUUGGUAGUAAUCAGCUCAGCAUUGAUGUGCACCGUCAAUGCGAAUACCUCCAACUCUACCAUUUACGGAUACACUGUGUUGUUGGGAAUCGGCGUCGGCGCCUACUGCCAAGCCAGCUACAGUGUAUCCCAGCAGUUGGUUCCAAUGACCGAGUUGACUAAUGUUGUUGGCUUGAUGAGUAUAUCGCAAUUCCUUGGAAUUCUGUUCUUCUUGGCGAUCAUGGGAACAUCCUACCAGAAUUUGGUCAUUGAGAAGAUCCACAAGCUUUUGCCCAGUGCUAGCGAUUCCGAAGUUCGUCAGUUUAUUGCUGGAACCAGCUCCAGCCUCAGCGACAGCUUGACAAGCUCCCAGUCCGUCGCCGUCAUUAAUGCUAUCAUCGUGGCCAUGCGAUCCGUGUGGAUCUUACUUGCUGUUGCAGGUGGCAUUUGUGUGGUGUUGUCUCUUUUCCUGGGGAAAGACAAGUUAUUCACCAAGGGCGCCAAAGGAACAGCCAUCGCAGCAUAA